AUGAAAGCCAAAAAAAUUCCUUCUAAGAAACUGGAAGACACUACAAGUAAAUAUGAACUUGCCAGAAAUUCCGCUUCCUUGGAAGAAACUAAAUGUGACAUUUGUCAAGGAGAGGGCCAGAAAUCAUGUGUUAUUUUAUACGGAUUUUCGCAAGCAGCCGGUCCGAACAACCCUGUGUUGAUUGUGAUUUUUUAUUAUUGGCUCCAGAAAUACCUAAUGGAUUUCUCGGGUCUUGGCAUUGCUCAAAUGCGAAAGCCAACUGAUGAGUCCUUUGAAGAUUCACUUGCUGUUCCUGGUUGUGGUUCUGGCAAUAGCAAACCAGUCACACAAAAUAGAUCUGUUUCAUCUGAAAGACCAACAGGACCUAUAUCAGAAACAGGAGUAGCUAAUAGCAUCGCUCCUAGUUCAAUGACAAUUGUGACGGAAACAAUAACAAACAAUAGCCAAUCCUCGGAUACUUCUGCUAAGCUAGCCCUGACAGUUAGCCUUUCUCUAGCUGGAGUUAUUGUAAUUGUUGGUAUUUUUGGUGGUUCUUAUUCUCCAAGUUCCUCGGACACUUCUGCUAAAAUAGCUCUGAUAGUCAGCCUUUCUCUGGCCGGAGUUAUUGGUAUUUUUGGUGGGUAUUUGGCUUGGAAAAAGUUUAGAAAAAGAAAACGAACUUACAUCAAUGAAACAAUUGCUCAGCAAGAAGCAAUUGAUCAGCAAGAAACAGGUGCUACUUAUACCAAUGAAACAAUUGCUCAGCAAGAAGCAGGUGCUACUUAUACCAAGGAAACAAUUGCUCAGCAAGAAGCAGGUGCUCACGAAAUAAUUAGCUACUAA